AUGACUUCGGAUUCGCCGUCGAUCCCUCAGCAAUUAGCGGCGAAGCUCGCUAGGACGAGCUCCGGUCCAACCUCCACUAAAAUCGCGGCCGUGCCGGCGGCGGUGGGCGAUGAUCUGCCGUUGGAAAUCCUUCUUGAAAUUUUCUCCAGGCUGCCGGUGAAGUCUCUCCUCCGUUUCCGGUCAGUCUCCAAGCUCUGGCGUAGCCUUAUCGGCGAGACGUCUUUGGUGGGGCCUCACUUCUCCCGCUCCCUCCGCAAUGUCCUCCACCACCACUUCCUCAUCACCGCUUACAGUGUUAAAAAAUUAACGCUCACUAUCUUGUCCGGCGACACCCAUUCCGGCGGCGGCGAACCCGCCUGCCUCUUCUGCUUCUCGAACUGCCUGUUCCAGCAGGCUUCACCCGGCCGCAUAAAAGGAGUCACCUGGCAUCCCGACCAAGAAAGGUUCAUCCGUCGCGAAAAUUUCCGGUAUCUCAUUAACCCUAGCACUCGACAAAUUCUGGAAAUUCCUCUGAAUACUCUCACUCGGGAUAUCAAUCUCUGUUUAUACGCUUUAGGGUUUAGUCGAAACAGGGAGGAAUUUAAGGUGCUCAGCAUUAACAACUCGGAUGGUUAUGAAUGCCAUAUUCUCACCAUACGGAUGAGUGGUAUCGGUGAAUGGAAAAAGGUUAAUUCCCUAAUGCCAUUUAAUAUUAAGAAUGAGUUUUGCAGCAUAGGCUACCAGGACUGCGUUUGUAUUGCCGGUGUGAUGCAUUGGGUCUUAUGGAAGGUCAAAAAGAUUGCGAGUUUCAACCUGGAAACAGAGAGUUUUUCAACCAUGGAGCUCCCAGUCGAGUUACAGGCUUCCAGGGGGAGUGGAAGGCAUUUUUAUCUGCGCGAGAUUGAUGGCUGCUUAGCAGUGGUAUGCCUUGGAGGAGUUGGAGAUGUUCUCCCAUUUGCCUCCUGCAGGAUAGAUCUUUGGAUAUUGAAAGAGUAUGAGAGUGGGAAUUGGGUUGGAGACAUCAUAAAUCUGCCUGUUUACUAUAUGGGAGCGUAUUUAACUGGUUCGAUCCCCUAUUCAGGCGAGAUCGUGCUGGCAACCCAGAGGCGCUCUGCAGAUUCUGCAAUUGUUCCAUUGUAUGAUAGGAUUACCAGAAGUUUUCGGGAGGUGGAAAUCCCGCUCCCUCCAUCAUUGUCUUCAUACGAUGUGAACCUCGGGGAUGCUAUGGUUUACACAGAAAGCCUCUUCUCUUUUAGGUUUCUUUGGAUUGAAAGGCAGAGUGGAUCUUGA